GCCGCGGGGCCCAGGGACGAGGGCUGGAGGCGGGGAAGGGAAAUGUUUCAUUUCUGCUCCGAUGAGCUCAUUGGUGCCAGGAUGUGUCACUGCUCCCGGGAUCGUCACCGGCACAACCCCGUCCCUGCCUGGCCCCGGCAGCGGGCACGCAUCGCCGGCGCGGCCACGGGAGAGGCGAUGGAGGAGAGGAGCUGGAACUGCGCUGACGGAGAGGCAGCGAUUCCAUGGAAUUGGAGCCCUUCAGCUGCUACCGGGCCAGAUGAGAUCACUCACUCUGCUCUCCCACUCCUUAAUGAACUCGGUGCUAAUCAAUGCACGGAGGGGAGGGCCCCAUCAUUUCUGCACGGGUCAGGAAUCCAGCAGUGGAGCUGUUCCCUCAUACUCUGUCUGCACAGAGGAACCAGGCAUCCAUCUUCCAGCUGGAGGAAUGCCAGGUGCUCCCACACCAGCAGCUCAUGAGAGAUUCCUGCCCCUCAGAGGAAUUUCAGAGUCUGGGGAGGUUCUGCCCUCCACAUCUCAGGGAGCCAUCUGCCCUGGGCUACACUCUCACAGCUCUGGCUCCAGCCCUUUUGAUCCCGAGUCCUUCAGUCUGGAAGUGCCACCACCCAGAGAAGCUCCUCCUCCUGUGUCACUUGUCCCCCUGCUGAGUCUCCUUUAUUACACAUGUGACUCUGGAGCUGCCACAGGGACACGCCAGGAAAUGUGUCCCAAGGCAGACAAAUGGGUUUGUGUCCUCCUGGAGCAGCGCAGGGAGCACGAGGGGAUGAGGAAAUCGGCUGCUGGAGGGAAGUUUGGUGCUUUUCCUUCCUGCAGAGACGUCACUGCAAUUCUGCCCGGUGUGAUGUAAAUCUGUGCUGGCACUGAGGGGGCUGGCUCCGGUCCUGCAGCUUUAUUUAUUACAGAAAUGAUCUGAAUUCGACCUCAGGGUUUCCUCUGGGCAGGGAGAAAAGGACUGGGUGUUGCUGUAAAUGAGCAAAGGAGCUGAGCAGCCCCAGAGAGUUCCUAGGAUGGCAUUCCGGGGUUGGGAAAAUGGGGUUAAUUGAUAAACAAGAUGAAGAUAAAUUGGUAAAGCUGUGCCUUUGCCCUUUGGCUGAGCUGGGGCUGGGAUCUCUUCCUUUUACAGGGAAUGGGAUGUGUGGGAAGGAAAUGUUUCUAUUUUUUAGCAGAAACCCUCCAGAAAUAAAUGAAAAAAAAAAAAAAUCAGUAAAUUGGAGAGGUUUUAUUCCAGCCAUCAAAAAUCCGGAGUGUUGGAAUUUUCUG